AUGGUGAAUUUAUACCAAGUACACUCACACUCGUGUUUCUUAUACCUGGGAAGUAUUCUGGUGGAUGAAUAUGGAUCGGACAAAGACUGUACCCAAGGUCUUAUAGAAAUGUUUCAGGCAUUUUGUCCACCCACAUUUAAAUUAUUAGAAGAACAAAAUGGGCUUAGAAACCAUCCAGAUACUGUAGAUGAUUUAUUUAGACUUAGUUUAAGAUUUAUACAGCGAGCUCCACUGCCAUUUCUUCAGAGUGUAGCAAUAAAACCUGUCUUGAUGUGUGCAAUAGCUGCUUGUUCGCUCGACCAUAAAGAUGCGAACGCUUCAGUGAUGAAAUUUAUAACGGAAUUCGUGAAGGCAUCAUCUUCUAAAGAUGAACGUGAAGAUUUUGAAAGCAGGAGCACUCUAGUAAAGAAUUUGUUACACGAGCACGGCCAGGCGCUGGUUCAUUCCCUCAUUCAUUCUAUCGUGUUUUGUCUGCCUACGUACAUGUCUGCCGACAUUGGUGAAGUCUUGUAUGAGAUCAUGCUGGUAGAUCGACCUACAUUUUGUGUAUGGUUAGAGCAUGUAUUGAAGGCGUUGCCAACGGAGGCUACGGGCGGAGCUAUAACAGUGACUCAUAAGCAGUUAACAGACUUUCAUAAGGCCGUGACCAGUGCAGAAAAAAUUUCACCAAUUUCAGACGCUUUAAGAGAAUUCGCUCGCUUAUAUAGAUGAGAAUGAUCAAAGAUAAUUUUAGAUUAUUAUUUAAAGGAUAAAGGUUGUUUUUAAGCGCAUAAAAAUUUGUAUUUGAAACAAGUGAAAAUGUGUGUUAAGGAGUCGUAACCUUUCAUUUAUCCCGUGCAGUUUUUAAAACACCAAAGCUUGUGUGAAGAGGUUUUAUUUAUAAGGAAACUUCAAUAUCCCCUUGGGCAUUUUUUAAUAUGAUAAAUGUAGUGCGCAGGGUAUGGUAUUUUUUAUAAAGAAAUAUAUUGUGAGUGAAAGGAAGCUAAUUUUAUAGUACUGAUUACAUGUUUCUUUUAUUGCUAUUAUUUCUAACGACAGCUUUCAUUUUACACAGCAAUUGUUUUUAAACCUAGAAGGCGUAACACAACACAAAUCCUUGUUGCUUUUGCUUAUAAGAUUUUCAUCUUCCAUCAAGAAACCAAUUUUAAUACUGGACAGAAUUGUUAGUAGUUUGUUUUACAAAAUGGACGGUCACAAAAAUGGUAGAAGUCUACAAGAUUAUCAAGAUAGUUUACUAUAUUUAAGAUUACAGAAGAGGAGUAUUCAUUAUCGUAAGCCAUUCCGUUUGUGAAAUCUGGGGCUUGAAACAAAUAUUGUACUGAGUGUAGUGACGGCACAAUACAAGUGUAUAGAAAAUAUAUACAAAAAAAUGAAGCAAGUUUAUUUGUCAAAGCAAAUGAGGAGCUUUGAGCAAUGCUAAAAUAUAAAGUGUACAGCAUAGGAUUUAAAUGAUACUGCAUAUUGAUGGAAGUGUACAUUUGGUAAAUAUCCCGAAAAUAAAGGUCCAUUUACAACAAAUACAAAAAUCAUUUUGAAAAAAAAAAUGUACUCAGAUAUGAAGUUGUUUUAAUACGUUCAUCAGACUGGAAUAUAAUUUUAACCAAGAAUAAUGAAUUUUUCAAAUCUGUGCCAAUGAUUGACAGGAGAAUAUCUGCAAUACAUUACUAUCACUUCCAUCAGUAACCGCUUCGUUUUUUUAUUCGCGAACAAGAAAUAUAGUGAGUAAUGUGAACAAAGAGGAAGGGUCUUUUUUUUUACUGACGUGAUGAUAUUUUAUGUAACUUCUUGCUUUAAUGUAAACCAUAGUGUUCAGAGAUGGGUAACUAGUCAAUUUUAUAACUGGCUUCCAAACUUUUUAGACAAAAUUUUAUUCCUAGAAAGAAAUGACGAUAAAUAACUUAUAGAGGAGCGAGUUUUAAUGCAUGUACAAUGUAGAAGAGGGGUUUUUUUGCUUUAUUUUUACUUUUCAUUUUAGAUUCAUGCACAACUAGAUGCAUUGUAUUUUUUAAUUAAAAAAAAAAAACGAGAAAAGAUCAAAAUAUAACAAUAUCAGUAGAAAAUAGUUUUGGGGAAAAAAAUAGUUUGGUAUCGUAAAGAGGAUGUAAGAUCAUAUUUUUGUUAGAACAAGAAAAAAUAAAUAUAUUGUUUAGAUUUUAUGCUGAAAUGCAUGUUGUAAAUGAUAAAUGUGAAUAUAAAAUGUCCUAACUGGGCAUACAAAAUCAAAACCCAGUGAUGUGUAUAUAAUAAUAUGACCAUUUCAUUAAAUAAGAUUCAAUCUGAUUGAUUUUGCAUUGUUGAAAAAUAAAUUAGUUUUGUUUGGUAUAGUGGUAUUUAAUUUCAUACAAUCAAAGUCAAGUCUUUUUAGAUUUAGUAUACAAACUCAUUUUUAUUUCUCUGAAAAUUUAAGUUGUAUUGGAAUCUACUGUAAUGCCUGAAAUAAUAAGGGCAUUUAAGGUCUUCCUCCACCAGUAAAGCUGGAAAGUCUGCCAUAAUAUUAUCUUUACUAUGUCAGUGUGACUGAAAAUCAAACAUUUAUUUAAUUUAUUUUAUUGAAAUGAAAGGCACCAGAUUCAGAAAAAAUGAAUACAAUAUAAUUCUUGAACAUAUAUCUUAUUAAUAAAGUGUCUUAAAAAUAGAAAUUAACACACAAGGGCAACGCAACAGCACCAGAAAUAGUUUACGUAUAUGAAAUUUGGGGAACUAUAUUUUCAUGAAAACAAAUAUAUUAGAUAAUGAACUAUAUAGCAUAUAUAUAAAGAUACAAUUAGUUAUCAGUGUGCUAUUUUAAUUGUGUAUAAAAUUCUGUAUAAAAAGUA